AUGGCGCGGAGCGCGAAGGAGCAGGGUAGCAGCAGCGUCAGCUACAAGUGGCUCAAGACGCAGGCACUGGUGCAGUACUCGGACAUGGCGGAUGAGAUGCGCACGCGGGCCGUAGAUCUGUGCCUCAACGCCUGCGAGCAGUUUACGAGCGACCAAAUGAGCGCAGCCAGGAUUAUCAAGGAGAGCAUGGACAAGACGUUUGGGUGUUCGUGGCACGUCGUGGUGGGCGAGGCCUACGCGGUGGAGGUGGUGUACGAGCCGGGCAACCUGCUCCACUUCUACUUCGGCGGCCACACGGCCGUGUGCGUCUGGAAGUGCGACUAG